CCGAAUCGCGGAAUGGAACCGGGCCAGCAGCGCAGUGGGUCAGUCGAGCGGCUGAAAAUGGCCCAAGCGAGCCUGCGCGUCUGGUUGUCGCCUAAAGAACGUCUGGAGCCAAGGGUCGGCUCGUUGCUUGUAAGAAGAAGCGCGGCAAGUCUUUGCAUAUAUAGCAGACAGGCCUGACACUACAUAUACCCGCGGUAUUCGUCUCAACUUCAACCCUGACCGCUCUGUCCUUCGCCUCCCUGGAGCGAGGAACCGUUCGUCCGCGCCCAGUGGGUUUGUGUUGGUGUAUCGCCAGGGUCGCCGGCUUUUUCUGCUAUCUCGUCUCUCGCGUAUAGGCUGUCUUUUCGAUCUUGCUCCGCAGUACUCACCAUGUCCGCCGCACCUAAUGACGCUGGGGUCCCGGCCGAUCCAGUCGCUGGCUUUCCACAGAUUUCGGUGGACAACUCCCUGGGCGCGUGGCUUCUCGGUGUCGCUGCCAGUCUUCUUCUGAAUGGGAUCCUCAUCCACCAGAUGUACCACUAUUUCAGCCUGUAUCCCAAGGAUCGUCUACUUCUCAAAACCUGGGUGUCAGUAGUGGUCGUCUUGGAGACUUUCAUCUCAGUCUUGAUCUUGCACACUGCAUAUUUCUAUUUGAUCAAUAUGUACUGGAAUCCCGCAUACUUCUUUAUUUCGCCGACGGUCUGGUCCCUCAAUGUAUUGCCCAUCCCUGGCACGAUAGCGGCGCUCAUAUCCCAGACGUUUUUUGUGAGGAGGGUGUGGCUCAUCGCGCCGAAGUUCAAGGUGGUAGUCGGAGCUGCCUUUUGUCUCAUUGCGGGCAAUGUCGUCUGCUUCACUGUGCUUUCGGUCAAAAUGUUCAAGGCCGCCGGUAUCCUCGACUGGCUGAAAUUUUCCUGGCUCGCCUCCGUCGGCUCGUCAAUUCAGAUGGGCGGCGACAUCAUCCUCACCCUGGUACUCAUUUACGUCCUGCGGAAGAGCCGCACGGGAAUGAACAAAACGGAUUCCAUGCUUGAUGUUCUGAUCGCGUAUGCCGUGAGCACCGGUGCUAUCAACUGCGUUGUUCAUAUCCUGAACGUUGUGUUCUCGAUCGUCUGGCCCGAUAACCUCAUCUACGCGGCGCUCUCGUGCAUCCUCACCAAGCUGUAUGCGAACACGUUCCUCGUAGCACUGAACACCCGCAAGUUCCUCGGCGGCAUCGGCAAUUCGGACGAGCAGACAGGCUCGUACAAGUUCUCUGCCAACAUCCCCCGCGGCCUUUCUGACAAUCGCAUCAACCGACCGCUGACGACCACGAAUACGACACCGACGACGAUCGAGCUCAAGGUGGUCACCGAGACCCAGAUGAUCGCCGACGAUGACGAGCUGGACCAAAUGCGUACCAAGCGCUCCCUUGGCGAUCACAGCAGGAGCAUGGCAUAGCCAAGCCACCAAUCUACACGACGACCUCGCUCCUGACGAAAUCGCCAUGGAUGUACGCUUACUCCCGCCGCUUGUCGACGGGCAUGACCUAGUCACGCCGCCUGCCCUGCCUUUCCACUUUUAGACGCAGGCGGGUUGUUGCGGUGGUGCAGGCUCACUCGCUGUACUCAUACUUCAUCCUCGCCUAUGACUGCGCGUGCGUUUCUGAGGUCCCACAACCCUCAAUCGGCCGCGCAUAUGCUUCAACAGGCGCUAGUGCGCUUCACGCAGGCUGCGUGUCGGUCCCGUUGCUGCCGCAUGCUUCUAGCACUAUGCCUUGCGUAGUGACGCUACUUACAUUUUCCACUUGUGGAUGGACAUUAUUAAAUCGUUUAGGGGGAUGCCGCACGGAAGGGUAGAGUAUCUGCUUUGUUCUAGUAAUAUUCAUUCAGUCGCUCAUCCCAUUCUUCAUGGCUUGGCCUCCGUAUAGGGUCUGUCUAUGAUAUGUAAUAGUAAUUCGCGUACUUGACCGCAACCCUUGAUCUCAUACGUAGGGCCAGUCGCCACCAUCCCAGGGUGGCCGUCGCACUUAAAACGGAGCAAUUCGGUCGUGUACACAUUCACCCGCAAGUGAGAGUACAGACUCUCAUUCAUACUGUCUUUUGCCGUACCGGUUUUGGUCGGCCAUAUGACACCA